GAGAACAGCAGGGACUAGCAUGACUAGAUGUCCCGAUUUUUGGGUCUUUUUCUUAUAUAGGUGCCUAUUACCCCCACCCCCGUCCCAAUUUUUCACAUUUGCUGUCGGAUCACCCUAGCAGGGGUUGCACACAGGGCUGCAUUAACCUUCAGGUGCUGAGGUUUCCCUCUCUCCAUUCCCAGUGCCUGUGAUCAGGAAACAGACAUCAGGGCUCCCAGGUGCUGCACAGACCAUGACUGAGAUCAGACCCCAUAUUAUGCAAGACAGGCUGCAGAAUGACGUCCAUGUUUUGCUCCAGCUCAUCCCAGCCUGGCGUGGGACAGGGAAGAGAAAUGGCUGCAGUGGAGUCAGUCCAGGGGCCGGUGACCUUCAAGGAGAUGGCUAUGUAUUUCACCAGGGAAGAGUGGGCUCUGCUGGACCCCGCUCAGAGAGCCCUCUACUGGGAUGUCAUGCAGGAGAAUUAUGAGAUGGUGGUCUUGCUGGGCCAGAGAAUAACAUCCAUGUUUCGCUGCAGAUCAUCUCGUCCUCCCAGGGGCAAGGAAAUGGCUGCAAUGGAGCUGGCUCAGGGGCCGAUGACCUUCGAGGAGGUGGCUGUGUAUUUCUCCAGGGAAGAGGGGACUCUGCUGGACCCCACUCAGAGAGCCCUCUAUAGGGAUGUCAUGCAGGAAAACUAUGAGACGGUGGUCUUGCUGGGUAAGGAUUCCUGUCCCUUCUGUUCUUGGAAGGGGAAAUGACGAGUGAAGGUUCAUGCCACCCCCACAAUGCCAUCUGUACCCUGUCCUGUUUCAGCAUCACCCCAAUAGGCCAGUGACACACAUACUACCGGAGACCCUCCUCUGCUGCAGAACACUUUGGGAACAGAGCACAGGAGCAGUAUCACACAAUGUCAAAUAUCUCCUCUUUACUCAAGUAAAACUGGGGGUUACGUCCAGCAUAAUGAACAGAAGCUUCCUACCCCCAGCCUUCUCUCAAACCCUGAGCCUUCUCUACCCAAACCAGAAUGUGCUUGGGGUGUAACAAGCAGGCGGCUGGAAUCAGAGCUGCCGGUCCAGGGUUACUUAUCAUACAGACACUCAGUGCGUCCUUGAACGCUGGCUGGGAGUAUCCAGACAGGGGAGCUCCAGCAGCAGAACACUGAAUCUCACCCUGGAUUACAGAUAACACAACUCCUCACUGAUCUAGAUUGUACCCUAGCAUGUGAAAAUGGCCUAGGUUGGUAGUGACAUUUCUUGAGACAUGGAGAGUCUUGCUCCCAUAUCACCAGGUGUAAUAAAAAUAACAGGAAAGGCCAAAUAUGGAAAACUGAUUGUUCAGCUUGCUUUUGACCUGCAUCAUAUUUUGCAAUAUAUUCCAAAUAAGGAAAUUAACGUGCAACGUAUGUGUCAUUGUUUGUGGUUUUAAGUUGUAAAAGGCUUGUGUGAUUUUUAGCUCGGGGACAGUAUUCCAAUAGCUGUCGCCCCC